UACACUGUGUAACAAUUCUGCCCUUGUUUUAGCCUUAAACUCCUCUGGUUUAUUUGGAUUAAUAAUCAUUCUGGGUAUUUUUUUUCCUCUUUAACGGACAAAAAUGGCAGAAGCUAUACCAGAGAAGGGUAUCCUCAAAUCCCCAGCCCUUCUGAAGUACAUCUUUGAAACAUAUUGUUAUCCAAAAGAACAUGAGCAGUUGAAGGAGCUGAGGGAAGCCACCCUCAAGCACUAUAAACUAUGGAGUCCGAUGAGUGUGCCAAUGGAUGAAGGUCAGCUUAUAUCGAUGUUUCUGAAAGUGAUGAAUGCUAAGAAGACAAUUGAAGUUGGAGUGUUUACUGGUUAUUCUCUUCUUACAACUGCUCUUGCUCUUCCUCAAGAUGCCAAAAUAACAGCCAUUGAUCUAAAUAGAGAAGCAUAUGAAGUUGGAUUACCCUUCAUUCGGAAAGCUGGUGUUGACCACAAAAUUAAUUUCAUUGAGUCUCAGGCUUCAUCCGCACUUAAUGAUCUCAUUAACAAUGAGAAAGAAGUAGGGAGUUUUGAUUUUGCAUUUGUGGAUGCCAACAAGGAUGGGUACAUAGAAUAUCAUGAGAAACUUAUGAAGCUUGUUAAGAUUGGAGGAGUGAUCGCAUACGACAAUACCCUAUGGUAUGGAUCUGUAGGACUUUCUGAUGAAGACGAAAUGGACGAUUUUAUUAAGACUACCAGAAAAAUCAUAAGAGAGGUCAAUAUUUUUUUAGCCAAUGAUUCUCGUAUUGAGACAUCUAUUGUUUCUGUUGGGGAUGGACUCACUCUUUGUAGACGACUCUAUUGACUUUGAUCACAUACCUCUUAACUGAGUAAUUAUAUAGGUGUGAUUGAACAAUUGUCUUAUUUUAUAUUAAUAAUUAAUAAUGCAAGCCAAAUAAAUGGCUGAUGCUCUCUCGAGUUUGAAUGAUUAAAUAGUAGUUAAUAAGAGUGAUAUAUUAAUUUGAAUUA